AUGGAUAGAGAACCAGAGGAGCUCCAAUUCCUGGGCUUGUUCGGAAUCUACAAGGAAUCCUUGAAGAUCAUCUUCUCAUGGCCAAAAAUCUUUACCAAGAUCACCCUUUCACUUAUCCUUCCACUCACCUUCAUCUUACUAGCUCACAUCCAACUCUGUGAUCUCCUCUUCUCCAAGAUCAUCAAAAACCAACUCCUCCUAGAUCCAAUCUCUUCAGAAUGGAUCUCUUUAUUGCUCUUCGAAGCGUCUUACCUUGUCUUCCUUAUCAUCUUCUCCCUCCUUUGCACCUCCACUGUUGUGUACUCUAUCGCAUCUAUUUACACCACCAAAGAAGUGACCUUCAAGAAGGCCAUAACUGUCUUCCCCAAGGUCCGGAAGAGUCUCAUGGCCACUUUCCUAUGGGGCUUGAGCUUCAUCGUCUUACACAAUUUCAAGGGUACUCAGGCCAUGAACAAGAGCAAGGCCUUGAUUGAAGGGAAGGAGAGGGUUGCAUAUGCUAUCUCCCUUAAGCUUAUUGUUGCAGAUAUCUUGAUACAAUAUGGGUUUGAUAUGAUGGUGGUGUAUGGGGAGAAGUUGGGUCUGGGGAGUAGGAUAGUUAGGUUCUUGUUGCUGAUGCUGCUGAUUUUGUUUGGGCUAGUUGUUCAGUCUGUGUUUUACUUCGUCUGCAAGUCAUAUCACAAUGAGAGGAUCGAUAAGUCUCUCUUGGCAGAUCAUUUUUAG